AUGGGACACGGAUGCCACGGUAGACAGUACGACAAGUCAUUUCAGACUGAUGCUAUCUUCUUCCAAGCUUUGAGCCUUUCAUAUGUUACAGUCGAUCACGAAAUGUUGGAGUCUGUACCCAUGCGCUCGCCGCAGAUUUUCCAACUGAGCAGAAAACAGAACAAAGCAGUUGUGCGCUUUCACCUUUCUCCCUCGCACGUCCUCACGUGCACCCAGCCCACCCUCACUACCUGGCCGUGUACCUCCCGACUCUGCAAACUCCCCCUCUCCAUGGCGUCCAGAAUCGCUUUCGGCUCUCUGCGAGCAGCUGCACGACCCCGGGCCCUCGCUGCCCUUCCCCGAGCCCUCAGCGCUCGGUCUAUGGCCACGAACCCACCACCACCGUCUGAACGCGCUUCGGAGAUCAUCGAGAAGCUCCCAUCUUCCCCCAGCCUCGUCACAAAGACCGGCACUGCUCUCCUAGGUGUUGGUGCUGCCGCGGCUGCUAUUUCGCAGGAGCUGUACGUGGUCAAUGAGGAGUCCAUCAUCCUCAUUGCCUCUAUCAUCGUCUUCACCUACAUCGGCAAGGUUAUGCGCGAGCCCUACGUCCAGUGGGCUGAGGGUCAUGUUCAACGCAUUAAGAAGAUCCUUAACGAUGCCCGUGCCGAGCACACCGGUGCCGUGAAGGAGCGCAUUGAGUCUGUUGGCCAAAUGAAGGAUGUAGUCUCCAUCACUGAAGCUCUCUUUGCCUUGUCGAAGGAGACCGCCAAGCUCGAGUCGGAGACCUUCGUUCAACAACAAAAGGUCACCGUCGCCUCCGAGGUCAAGGCCGUCCUGGACAGCUGGGUCCGUUAUGAGCAAUCCUUGAAGGAGGCCCAACAAGCCGACCUCACCAAGAGCGUCAUCGACAAGGUCCUCUUUUCUCUUCAGGACGAGAAGACCCAAAAGGACAUUCUGUCUAGUGCUGUUGCUGAGGUUGAACAACUGGUCAAGAGCAAGGCUAUUUAA